UCCUGACUCACAUCCAUUUGAGUUUAAUAGGAUGUUGUGUGGACUUUUGAGGAUAUUGAGAUGCUUUUGGGGACUGAUAUGCCUAUUUUUGGUGGAGGCACGCAUCCUUGUAUAUCUUUAAGACUGAGAGACAUGAGUAAACCAAUUUCUGUGCUCACGGGAAUCGAUUAUUGGUUAGAUAACUUGAUGUCUAACGUUCCUGAGGUUGUGAUGUGCUACCAUAUCAAUGGUAUUGUACAAAAAUAUGAAUUAAUUAAAACUGAAGAUUUACCAAGGUUGGAUAAUUCAAAGUUUUCUCCAAAAUUCAUCAGAGAUGUUGCUCAGAGUAUAUUGUCUUUUUUAAAAUCGAAUGCUACAAAGGCUGGGCAUACUUAUUGGCUUCUUAAGGGCAAAGAUGAGGAGGUGGUUAAAUUGUAUGAUCUAACUUCAUUAUGCUCAGAAGAAGAUGUACAAAAAGGCCAAAAUCCUUUUACCAUUCCUGUAGCUAUGCUUCUUUAUAGAGUGGGUAGAAAUAUGAAAAAUUUACCUGAUAGGAGACCACAACCAGGAAUGAUCAGAAUGCUUCUAAAAAACGUCAUCAAGCUUUUGCCAGAAGAAAAAUAUCCAGAAACAAUAACCUCGUCGCAUUAUAUGCUCUCAGCGGCGCGCAACAAAGCAUCGAUGUCUCACUCAUAUUCUAUAAAUUCUUCAAUAAGUAAUUGAUAAUUUAC